AGUUGAUGCCAUGCAGCAAGCAGCAGAGAGAUGCAGAGUUCGAACCAGAAGGCCUGACAUGGCUCUUUAUGUACCUAAAGCUCGGCGAGGGAUAGUGCUCAAGUCAAAUGAUGAGGGGAAAAGUUGUGGUUCAUCUAAUGCCACAGUAAAAGAGGAACAAAAAGACUGUCUCUCCCAAAAGGAAAUCUUCAGAGAUAAACCUGAGACUCAGAGACUACAUAUUAAUCCUAAUAAAAAAGAGCAUAAUCACAGAGAAGGAAAGAAAUCUUCAACAAAAUUAAAAAGAACUCAAGAAGAAAGUAAAGAUAGGGUUUGUACAAAGAAAGAAAGCAUAGUAUCCAAAGAAAUACUAUCCCAAAUACGUCAGCAAAGAGUCACAAAUCCUGGCAUUUUGCUUAGUACUUUACAGAGACAGUGUAAAUCAAAGAAAGUGGAGUGUGUGGAGGGUGAGCCCAACAGUGUCAGAGGACUUGAGAGGUUUCUUCGCUCACAGUCUUUUUCAGAAAUCUCUGAAGCUCAGAUUCCAAACCAACUAUUCCAAAAUACUGAAUUCUCUGAUUUUAGUGGGCACAAACUAAAUGAAGUAUUUGAAGACAGAGAUCUGGAGAGCAAAGUUGAAAUUGAUGUCAGUUUUACAAUGACACUAUGCCAACGUCUUGGUGCUUAUCGUCCAGCCUUGAAACCUGAAGAUAUGACUGCUGCAGUAGAACUGAACUCAGGUUCUGGUAUUGUACAACAAGGCAUGCAGACAUCAGAUGGAGUAUCGAAGAUCAACAGUGGAAGCAUCACCACCAUUUCUAUUCCUGGAAGUCCAGAUGGUGUGACUGAUCAAACUUACAUAGACUUUGAAACCAGGAAUAUUAGUGAGGUAGCCCAUAGUACAGGUUUCAUUUUGGGUCAGGAAAGUACAGACUUUAUUCCUGAGACUACAAAUGGCAUUUCUGAGCCAACACCAAUUAGAGAGUAUGAGAAAUAUGACAUCACUGUUGGUGAGUUACAUAUAAAGUCUGAACCUUCUCAUACAACUGUCCUUGCUCAUGGAACAAAUACAGAUGAUGAAUCUAAGAGUAUAGGUGACAUUGCUGAUACAGCAUGCAUAAUGGACAUUACAGAGGUCAGAUGUGACCAAGUAAAGGCUUUAGACAGCCCUUGUGCAGUUGCAGUUAGAACAGUUAACGAAGCCUGUAGCAAUACAAGUGGUUUUUUGAAGUAUGUAGAAGUGAGUGCAGAUACAGCACCUCUUCAUGUGGCUAGAAGUGGGGGUAAUACUGAACAUUUCAGUGGCCUGACUGCUAGCUCAGAUAUUUGUACCGAGAGUAUUUCAUCUAGUUUCACAGAGUCAACAGGAAAGUUGAUAGAGAGCUUGUCUGAUUGUGUUUUCUCCUUACCUAUAAAGAAGAUUGCUGGUAGUAAUUCUAACACUUUUUUGGACUCUGAACUCAGUAUGUUAAAUGGAACAAAAGUACCUUCAGACAGUGCCUUGGGCAAUGAUCUAGAUUAUACUGGUGAUAUAACAGAGGCAUUGCAGGGACUCAAAACUGCUGAGGAGUUCAAAACUAAAGAGGAAAAUGACUCAGUGAAUACAGAAUUUGAUGUAUCCAUGCCUGAUAUAGAAUCAGUAUCUAUAGAUACAUCCAUGGAACUGAAAGCAACGGAAACUUCUCACACGGAGGGAAAUGUUGCUGCUGAGGAGAGCUGGGAGUCUAUGUUUAAUGAUGAUGGUGACUGCCUGAAUCCACGUUUUCUACAGGAGAACAUUGCUAGUCAACAUGAAGAGAGUGAAUUAGAGACAAGAAAGUUAUCAGGGAAUAUUAAGAACAGAAAGAGUAUCCAGGAACCUAUGUUUGAUUAUUACAACCAUGAAGUUCCUGACAUUGAUCUCAGUGAUUGUGAAUUCCCACAUGUCAUUGAAAUUUAUGAUUUUCCCCAAGAAUUUCGUACUGAAGAUCUUCUACGGAUUUUCUGCAGUUAUCAAAAGAAGGGAUUUGAUAUUAAGUGGGUGGAUGACACACAUGCCCUGGGAGUAUUCUCUAGCCCUAUUACAGCUCGUGACGCUCUGGGUAGUAAGCUUACGAUGGUGAAGAUCCGGCCCUUGUCACAGGCCACAAGAGCAGCCAAGGCCAAAGCUAGAGCUUAUGCUGAGUUCCUCCAGCCUGCAAAAGCUCGUCCUGAGACUUCAGCAGCCCUAGCCAGAAGGUUAGUCAUCAGUGCCCUUGGGGUUCGAAGUAAGCAGAGCAAAUCAGAAAGGGAAGCAGAACUGAAGAAACUACAGGAAGCCCGAGAGAGAAAACGAUUAGAAGCCAAACAACGGGAAGAUAUCUGGGAAGGCAGAGAUCAGUCUGAAGUUUGAACAUCACUCAGUGAGAAGGAUAACUCCAUGACUUCAGAAAACGUUUCCCAUAGUCUUCAGAUAAGAGGAUUUUUCAAUGCCUCUGUAUACAUGCGGAUGGCCAUGUUAAUGAAAGAAAGAGAUAAAGGGAUCAAGACAAAGACUGUUUGGGUAUAGAAAGAAGAUAGACUUCCUGUCUAUCCUUACUCCAGAUUGCAGUUCUUUGGAACCACUUACUGAAUUGGGCACAGAAGAGAGCCAUCAACUAGGAAGAUGUGACUUCUAAGAGUCUUCUGGACAGGUCAGGUCAUACUAGCAUGGGCAACAUUUCCGAGAUGUUUUAACUAAAUACAAAGUAGAGGAUUCAAGCCUGCCAUGAUGGGAAAUCUAAGUCCUGCAAGAGCAGGGUGUUCAUUCCUUUGUACCUCACAAAGCUGAGAACAGCAGUCAGUGGUGGAGAAGAAAGGCAGCAGUGAGUACAAAAAGGUGAAACAGUGAACUUGGUAUUCAUGAAUCUGUGCUGCCCAUACAAAACUCCACAGCUGGUUGGACUGAGGUAGAUGUGGGUGUUUGGACUCCAGAGUUUGUAGUGAGCGGAGCACCUGGGGCUGUUCCAUCUGCACAGCAGCCAGGAGCAUGCCCACGUCUUUCCUCAUAGGAAGCCAGUCUUGGGAGUGAUCAUUCAAUCUGAGCAAUCAAUAUGAUCAUGUUGUAAGAAGAUAUUAAAAUUCAUUUAAUGAUAUAUAUAUAUAUAUAUAUAUAUAUAUAUAUAUAUAUAUAUAUCACUUUGGUAUUUGUUUGACUUUGUCAUUCCCACAAAGAAAUUAGAGAGCAAGGCCCUUCCUCCUUAUACUGUUGUGCAUGGGUUCACUGGAUCUUUUGACUUACUGAACUUUAGCGAGUUCUUUUUCAGCCAAUCACCUGUCUGCCUGAGAGCAUACCGCAAUCGUGCCUUUCCUGGGACUGCUGUGUGGCAGCUCAGCUCUUGAUCUUUGUCUCCUUGUGCACCACACCCCCAACCUCUUGCCUUUUCCCAUUUCUUCCAACUCUUAACAUCCUGCACAUGUACUUAGUAUGAUCGUCUCAGCCUAUGCCAGAGGCACUUGCAAGCAGCACCAGAGUAUCCAUCUCAGCGAGGAGCAGCCAGAAUGAAGCCAAUACCUCUGAACAGUGAAUGAUUCCCUGUAAGACAAGGGCAGGUUCGGCUUUAGUCAUCUCAAAUUGGUGUUCUUAUUGUCCUAGGAAAGUAGUUCUUCCUUGACAACAAGGUAGUGCUGGACCUGAAGAUGCUGUGAUGGCAAAUGGUAGUGUUUCAUUGUGCAGCUGCCUCCUUUUUAUAUGACUUAGUACCUGUGGCAAUGGGGAGUUAUUAGCAUUGCCAGGAACAUGAUGGAAUGGAACUGUUCAAAUAUUCCUCAGAUGGCAAUGACCAUGGGUUUUACUCCAGGUCCAACUUCCUGCUGCUAUUUCAGCCCUAGAGCUCUGUUAGAGUUCUCAGUAUUGUCUUUAUUUUCAGUCAGUUCUGAAAGUGUCCCUUGCUCAUAAUCAGUGCCACCAUUUCAAGUUUGGGAGGUUAAGUUCCAAUACUACUUAAACCAGUAUACCUCUCUCUGGCUCAUAGCUACACGACCUGUGAUCUGUAGUCAUUACAGAGCAAACUUCUCUAAGAAAAGUAUUUCUUAUGGAACAAUACAACUACAUUUGAAAGGAAAUGCAGGGAAUUGUAGCAAGGCUUCACAUUGAGUGGUAUACCUUUGAGGUAAACCUUUGCUGUUUGAUCCUUCAAAAGAGUGACAUUGAAUAAUAAAGAAUGUCCCUCCUAAAGGCUAUCUCUGGCUGGCAGGUGGCUCACCCAGUAGAGUCCUGGAGUGAGCCCACCACAUGGGAGUGCCUGCAGGGGGAAGCUUCACAAAUAGUGCUGAACUGUCUCUUCAUUCUCUGUCUCUCUUUUUUUUGCCUCCAGGGUUAUCAUUGGGACCUCGUGCUGGCACUACAAAUCCACUACUCCUGGAGGCCUUUUUUAUUUUUUAUUUUUUUAUUUGAAAAAGGAGCAAUUAACAAAACAGGGUAACAGGGGUACAACUCCACACAGUUCCCACCACCAGAUCUCCGUAUCCCAUCCCCUCCCCUGAUAGCUUUCCUAUUCUUUAUCCCUCCUUUAUCCAGGCUGGGAGUAUGGACCCAAGGUCAUUGUGGGAUGCAGAAAGUAGAAGGUCUGGCUUCUGUAAUUGCUUCCCCGCUGAACAUGGACAUUGAUUGGUCGAUCCAUACUCCCAGCCUGGGAGGCCUUUUUUUUUUUUUUUUUUUGAUAGGACUGGGUGGGGGGAGAAAGGGAGACACCUGCAGACCUGCUUCACCUCUUGUGAAGCAAACCUCCCUGCAGGUGGGUAGCCAAGGGCCUAAACUGGGAUCCCUGUGCUGGUCCUUGUGCUUUGUACUACAUCUGCUUAACCCAUGUACUGCUGGCCCCUUCUUAAGUCUCCUUAUCUCUUACCCUCUAUGUCUGGGAAGAAAAAUAAUAAUAAUAAAGGCCACUGGGAACAGUAGAGUUUCAAGCACCAAGCUUCAGCAAUAGCCUUGGUGGUAAAUAGAUGACUCCUGUCACUUGCAUUUGAGAAUACUUUCCCCUUUUUGACACUACUGUAGUUUUAAAGGGCACUGUUGAUAAUAAAAUAUAGCUCCAUGUAUAUCCCCCAGUUUUCUUGUAUUCACAAUUUCUAGAAGUUACUGUUGUUCUUAUUCUAGUGCUGGAUUCUAGGUGGCUAGUGGCUAGUGGCUUACAGUCACCUUUUUCAGACUGAUCCUUAUAACCAGACCCACAGGGAGGGUUAAAAUUUUUCUUCCCAAUAUUGAAAGCUAUGGAGUGUGCUACUGUUCCUACCUUUAGUAGAGAAAGUGGUUUUAGUUAAAUUUCUCCAGGAAGGAUUGUCUGGAGGUAAGACAUGCAUUGUAUUGAACUUGCCCAGAUGGAAAUUACAUCUUUGCCCAUGUGAACUGCACCGUCAUAGGUUGAGCCAACAGGGGAGCACAGUGUAGCUCCUACUCUCUCCUUUGUUAAAUGUUUGAUAAGGCUGCUCAUAUGCACCCUGCUUUGUAUAUAUGUCUGAAUUCCAGGACCACUGGAAUUUAAAAUGGGAAAGUACAUUCCCUCAAGUUCUAAUAUCCCCAUAGAGUGAUGGUCUUUGAAAAGCAAAUUAGACUUCUGAUUAGUAAGUUGGGGUUCCCGGCACUUUAGUUUCUGAGACUAAAAUAUGCUGAGGUGAAAAGCUGCUGACAUUUCAGUGCUGUCUGGAAUUUAGUGGUUGGUAUUCUGUUAACAUUCCUCAUCUAGUUACAAGUCACAGCAGCCAUCAUCUUCCCAUGUCCUUCCCUUUCAACUCAGAGGUGUAACAGCACAAGCCUUGUAUAGCUUUUUCCAAGAAUUAGAACUGGCUACACCUAUCAAACGUGUGAUGUGGGCAGCGAGACUAGGAACAGAGCUGGUGGCUGGCUGCCUAGUCUGCUUUUUCUGGCUCUUUUGGAAACUGGAUCCAGCAAGAAGCUGUGGGCAACCUCCCUGCCUGAGUCCAGUCAUCAGUCACCACACGCUCCCCUGCGAGCUGCACAUUCUUUCACAGGCCAUUAGCUGCAUGUGUGAGUAUAAUGUUGUUACUGUUUGGGCCAUGUUCGCUGGAUCCAACAGGAAAUCAGUCCUUCCCUUGUUUACCUAAACUGCCAUGCCAAAGUAUAAUGCUCCUUCUGCCUGAUGAGGGAGAUGAAGGAGUGAAGAAGAGAGGAAGAAGAAAGCACUUCUUUGUAUUCCUGGAGGGUCCCCCACCCAGAGCAUGUCCCUUUUUUUUUUUACUUCUACAGAGGAAAUGGUGCUCAUGAUGGAGCAGGGUCAUGGGAGGGGGGUUUACAUCAUACAUCUGUUGUCAUUUAUUUUGGGCUUUGUAACCUUGGUUAUAAAAUUUUACAACUCUUGGAUUUAACCUUUCAUCCCUUAACCUUUCCUAUUCAUGUUUCACCACAGCCUGGGGAGGGGGUUAGGAAAUAGACAGUAGGCUAACAUCUGACCAAAGAAUGAAAUAUGGUCCUGAGUAGUAUGUGUAUUCCGCCCCCCCCCCCAUCACUCUGGCCACCGGUUAAUGUGCUGGGAACUACACAGCUGGGCUUCUUCAAGCAGUCUGUAGUGAGAAACCUUUAUUGCCAAGUUAGACGUGUGAGGAACAGCAUGUUCAAAGAGAUCAUGGAUCUUACACCACCUGAACAAGAGCAAAUCACAGCCAUGCCAAGCAGGGAUGGUUGCCUUCAAGCUUAGUCUGUAUCUAAAUUAAAUGUUCCCCCUUCAGAGAUUUCUCCAGAAUCUCCUGCCCCUCUGAACCCCCUUACCCCACUCUACCUGUCUUCCUCUACAGAGAAGAGUGGCUUGUUUGAUCAGUGUUCUUCCACUGCAAACAUUUAUUCAAUGCAAAGUUCACUUGCAAAACUUAGGCUGAGAUCUGAAAUUUAGGCUAGUCCUAAGAUGUUAAGGAGACUGGAUUGCCUGCUGUGUAUACUGCAUGUUUGUUGUUGUUGUUGUUGUUGUUGUUGUUUUCCCUUGACAGAAGCCCUGACAGGAGCUAGGAUUCAUUAUUUCCCCGACAACCUUUCUGCUUGGCCUUGCUGCUUUACAGGAAGACUGUGUGUUCAUUUCUAUGAAUCUGGCCCCUUCUUGAGGACCCAGUAACUGGUGGUGUUGGCCCAGGAGAUAAGGGGAUCGAAAAAUAUUGGGAAUUCCUUAUCUGUGGUAGGAGUAAAGGUAAAGGCACUAAAGAACUGAUGGUUGAGAGUGCUUAAGAGAUGAGUUCGAAAUAAGGACAAAGCAAGGGAGUGAAUCCAACUUCUGUGACUUUGAACUCACAGCAGAGAGCUACCCCUGUACAUUUUGGUCCUCUGCCCUCUAAGACAUUUGCAAAGCGCCACUCGGAUGAGGAUGUGGGGAAGGUUGGGCCAUAGUCUAUACUUAAGGAGUUGGUUGCUCCUGAACCAGGAACCUCUGGGGCAAGAUCCAAGAAAAAUUAGCACUCCUUAUGGAAGAGGAGCUCAACUGGAGGCCAGAGUCUGUAGGCCAAAGGCCGUAAGGGGCCAGGUUCAGAGCCCUCAUGAAGGUUCAGUAUCAUGCUGGCUUGGUCAUCAAACAGCUUCCUGAGCAGGAACUUGGUGCCCCUUGACAUUAGUCCCUCUCCAUCUGAGUCAGGGCUCUGUGAAGGGCAUGGCUCCAAUAAGCUGAGGUAUUUGAUGUGUGGGCAGCAGCUGGGAGAGUGCAGUGAAGGCUUCAGAUGAGGUUGUUUCUGAGACGCUGCUCCUGCUCCAAGGAGAGCUCUGUGCUGGCUCGGUAUGAAUCCCCUGUGAGCCAAAGGAGAGCAGCUAAGUAUCCAGCCCUGCCAUUCUCAUCCAUCUCCCUCACAACUUCACAAUACAUGCAUUCUGCCAUGCCUCCUUCCCAUCCUUUACAUCAGCUCAGUCAUGCUCACUGACCCCACUCCAGUCUACAGAAAUAGAUCCUAACAGGUGUAGAGUUCGGGGAAUAAGAGGAAGAAGAGGUUAUUGAAUGGAAAAGGGUGUGCUGGUUCCUCUCUGAUGCCCUCUCUCCAGAUGGAUUCUGUACCCUUCUUUGUUCUCCUUGGUACCCUUGGGAACUGACCUCUAGAGAUUCCAUCACCCUGGCUCCCUUGUCCUUUGGUUUCUGGUUGAUCUAGGCCAGCAGAAACAAUAGCAGGAGACUAGCAGUGCACAGAGAAAGGAUGGAAGGAUGGGGUGUGGCUGUUAUGGUCUCCUGUGUGUCCAGCUCCGGUCAUGACCUCCCUCCUCUGCAGCUCUAGCUUUCACCAGCUCCAGGACAACAUUCACCCCAUCAGGCCCAAAAGUGACAACUCUUUCCUACUCUUAUGCCUCCAUGUCUCACACCCCUUAAGUAUUGCUUGCACCUCUAUAAGUAGUCCUUUUAUUAAAUAAGUUCAGACUUAUAACUGUGACUGCUCUCCCACAGGGUCUUUGACAAUUUUUUUUCUCCCCAUCUCACCAGUGGCCCAGGACCCCUUGCAGCCCAGCGUUAUGGAGGAUCCUGUCUCCAUGUGUGCAGCCUCAGAUUUCAGUUCCUCAUUCCACUCAGACUUCGGUCUCACUAAGUGGCAGCCAAGUCUGCUCUGCCACAUACUAAAGUCCAUAGACCAUUUCUCUCUCUUUACUCAUCUGUCUUCCAUCUGUUGCUAAAAGUGUCUUUUGAAAACAAUUAUGUGACCUUUCCAGCCCCCCUUCACUGAACUUUGUCAAUAGCUCUCAGAAGCCCAGAAGAUGAAAAAUUCCAUUAUCUUAGCAAGAACCAUCACAACCCCCCUCCUCAAAGACCUCUACUGGGUUUGAAAAAUAAAGAGAAAAUUUCACUUU